AGCUAGGGCAGCUGCUCGAUCGAUCUCCCUCGCCCGCCCGCCUCCUCCUGUACUCGUCAAACCCACAAGAUGCAGGGCUAGCCAUUACUCCCCUCAUAAUCUCUCUCCCCCUCUCGAGUCUCGACCAUUCAGAGCCAAGCAAGCAAGAAGAUUAGGAGGUGCCCGGUGUGUGUGAUGAUGAAGAGGAUGGUGAUCCUGCGGCGGUGCCACCCGCCGCCGCCGCCGCCGGCCGCGGUGCUCAUGGGCGGGUGCGGCGGCGGCGUGCGGUACGGGGAGUGCCGGAGGAACCACGCGGCGAGCAUGGGCGGGCACGCCGUGGACGGGUGCCGCGAGUUCCUGGCCGAGGGGGAGGACGGCACCGCCGCCGCGCUCCGCUGCGCGGCGUGCGGGUGCCACCGCAGCUUCCACCGCCGCGUCGCGCGGCGCUGUUGCUGCUUCUUCUGCUGCGACGACGACGCCGCGGCGGCCGGCGCCCGGUGGGGGGGCGGCGACGGCUGCUCGCCGGAGUCCUCGGCGUCCAGCACCACGCCGAGGUAGAAGCAAAGAUCAGAUCAGCAGCAAUCGCAGCAGGUACCAAUUCAUCACACGCUGCCCGUGUUUGUACGCCUGCUGUCCUCCUUUUUGCAUGAGAUUGUUGAGUUCCUAUGAUGGCUCGCCGCGAGAUCUACAGAAUGAAGAGGCCUUGUCAGGCCACUCUGCAUGAGUGAUGGAUUGAUCAUGUCCUGUCUCCCUAGCUCUCUGUCCAUAAAGCACAUAUAUUUACAGUUUCACAAGUUGAGAGUGGUGGAGUACUUUAAUCU